CGCACAUGUUUAAAUUUGCCGGCCGUGGCAUAAUGUUGUCCACCUAACGGCCAGAAACGCACGACCGUUUUAGCAUUUCCUUCCUCGUCGUCGAUCUCCUUGCAUUGCUAGCGCGCGAAUGCAUGGAUCCUUCACCGGCCAGCCAGGAAGCACGUCGGCUAUGCGCGGUGACCGGCGGCCGGGGAUUCAUGGCGAGGCACCUCGUGGCGGCGUUGCUCCGCUCUGGAGAUUGGUGUGUGCGGAUCACCGACCUCGGCCCCGACGUCGCCAUGGAGCCUGCCGAGAAUGAUGGGCUCCUUGGCGCCGCCCUCCGCGACGGCCGCGCCGCCUACAUCUCUGUCGACGUCUGCCAAUUGGCCCAGCUCACAGAAGCUUUGGAAGGGGUAGAAACUGUUUUCCACACUGCUGCCGCGAAUCAGAUCAAUAACAACUUCCAGCUCCAUUACAAGGUCAACGUCGAGGGGACAAAGAAUGUCAUCGAGGCUUGUAACACAUGCAAGGUUAAGACACUCAUAUACACUAGUUCCAGUGGAGUUGUAUUCGAUGGAGUUCAUGGCCUCUUUGAUGCAGAUGAGUCAACACCAUAUCCAGAUAAGUUUCCUGAUGCAUACACACAAACCAAGGCAGAAGCCGAAAAACUGGUGAUGAGAGCCAAUGGAAUAGAUGAGCUUCUCACUUGUUGUAUACGUCCUGGCAGCAUCUUUGGUCCCGGUGACACGCUAGUGCCAACUUUAGUUUCUUACGGAGGAAUUAUGAUCAUUAUUGGUGAUGGCAAGAAUUGUGAUGAUUUUGUAUAUGUUGAGAAUGUGGUGCAUGCUCAUAUAUGUGUCGAGAAAACUCUUUCUACGGAAGACAAUGCAAAGAGAAGUGGAGGCAAAGCCUACUUUAUAACUAAUAUGGAGCCAGUGAAUAUGUGGGACUUUCUUUACAUGGUUUUGGAAGAACUUGGAUACAAAAGCCAUUUCAGACUAAGAAUCCCUUUAUGUCUUCUGAAGCCGAUAACAUUUCUGGUAGACUGGAGCUACAAUAAUAUAUUAUCUCACUAUGGAAUGCGUCAGCCUCACAUGCUAACAUCCACAAGAAUUAAGUAUGUGACUCUCAAUAGAACAUUCAACUGCAACAAUGCUGUUGAACAACUUGGUUACAAACCAAUAGUGUCACUCAAGGAGGGAGUAAAUAUGACUACCGAAUUCUACAAGUGCUUUAGGGCGCGAGAUAUGCACAUUUCUAUUUGAGAAGGGAGAGGGUGCACAAUUCAACAAAUGCCAACCCCUACACCCAACAAUGUCUAGAUAUAUAUCUUUUUAUCUGAAAUCGAAGUGUGUAGGCGAUAUUGAACCAUAAUAAGAUUCACAAUUUAUGGUACCUAUCAACAUGAAUUCCAUAUGAAGGAAAACAUAUACAUGUAAAAGUUGAAAUUGAUUAAUUUGUUGUGUGGUCAAUCCUACCAUUCUUGAAAACUUUUGGGACUAGAAACUACUAAAGGCGCUCUUGGUGUGAAGUCAAGUUUAAAACAUGAUUAGGAUCUUGCUAGUCAUGAAAAAUGGCAUAUUGUUCAACAUAAACAAGUUUGCAUUUAUAUGCAUUCAGUGUAUGUGUAAUGUGCUAUUUAUGAUAAA